AGCGUAGAUACCAGAGCGGUGCAGGAUGGUUUGGCUAGGGAUGAUCCUGCCUCCGGCUGUCCCCGCCGACCCCGCCUCUCUCGGCUGUGCAUGAAAUCAGCAGGAACAUCAGUACUGGAAUGGCUGUAGCUGGGAUCAUUUUAUUUGCAAGGAGUAUUAAAUUGACAACUAAAUUUACAAGUGCUUUGGAUAUACCAGUAGAAUUUAUAGAAAAGAAUGUGAAACUACGGGGAAGAUUACGUCACAUAACAGAGAAGGGAUUAGAAAUUGAACAUAUUCCAAUCAGCCUUCCUCUCGUGUCCUCAUUACAGAGAAAAUGGCAAUCAAAUGGCCUUUUGCUGGUCAGACUUGCAGGAGUGGAACUGACGCCAAGAGGUAUGGUCUGGUUGCAAGAAGAGUUAAAACCAUCACAAGUGAUGUGGUUUCAGCUUCUUGGACGGAAUAAUUUGGUGCUUGACUGCCUUGUUUCAAUUAAUAAGAGUAGAUUUUUCAGCAUAUGCUUAAAUGAAGAGAUUUUGAAGCAAGGGCUUGGCAAAACAACACGUAUUGAAGGACUGCAUCAUGGCUCUCAACUCUAUUGGAAGCUUCACAAAAGAUUUAUUCGAGCAGAACUAAUGGCAGUGAAGAAAAAUAAAGGAAUAUGGAAAGAAAAAAGUAACCUUGAAAAAAUCAGAGAUCAAAUAAGUAGUAAUAAAUUUGUACAAAUGUUAAAACAAUUUGCAAACUGGUUAAGAAGCCAUAUUUAAAAAAUUACAUGGGAAGAACCGGUUGAGAAAAUGCCUUUGAUAUUGAUCAAAGUCCACGUUGUAGGUAUAAAUGCAACACAAAAGCUUAUGAGAAAAAACUUAUUCUCUAAUUUUUGAGGCUUCUUCCUCAA